CGUAAAAAAGUUGAAAUGUCAAAGUACGUUGUGCUGCGUCCGUUUGUGCGUCGCUUUUUUGCAAAUCAUUGCCGAUUUUCUGCAAAUUUCGUGGCUUUAAAUAAUAAACAACGUACAAUACUCUGUAAGCAACAAGUUACAUCAGCAUUUUUAUUACCGGAACAGAAAUUGAGCGUCGUCGCGUCCGCGUCGCCUAACAUGAGCUUCGUGUACCCCGACGCGAGAAGGGACGAAACUGUGGUUGAUGAUUACCAUGGGACUAAGAUAGCAGACCCGUACCGCUGGCUCGAAGACCCUGACUCCGAGGAAACAGCGGCCUUCAUAGAGGCCCAGAACAACAUCACCCGCCCCUACCUCGACGCGUGCCCGGUCAGGUCUGACGUCAGCGACCGACUGACAGAGCUGUGGAACUACCCUAAAUACUCGUGCCCGUUCAAACGGGGGGACAGAUACUUUUUCUACAAGAAUACCGGCCUGCAGAAUCAGAAUGUCCUCUACGUACAAGACAGUCUCACAUCGGAGCCGCGCGUGUUCAUAGACCCCAACACUCUGUCAGCUGACGGCACGGUCGCGUUAUCCGGCACGCGUUUCACGGAGGACGGAUCCACCUUCGCAUACGGAUUAUCCGCCAGCGGGUCUGAUUGGAUCACUAUACAUUUGAAGGAUGUUGCUACAGGCCAGGACUACCCGGAGGUAUUAAAAAAAGUCAAGUUCGCGUCUAUGGCCUGGACCAAAGAUAACAAAGGAUUGUUCUAUUCUCGCUACCCGGAGCAGGAGGGCAAGACGGACGGUUCGGAGACGGAGGUGAAUCGCGACCAGAAGCUGUGCUACCACCGCCUCGACACGCCGCAGUCGGAGGACGUCAUCGCGGUGGAGUUCCCGGAGGAGCCGCUGUGGAGGAUCGGCGCCGAAGUAUCGUGGGACGGUCGCUGGCUGCUGGUGUCGCCGGUGCGCGACUGUCGCGACAACCUGCUGUACUUCGCCGACCUGUCCAAGCACCCCGAGAUCACGGGCCGUCUCCCGUUAACGCAGAUCGUGCAUAAAUUUGAGGCGGAUUAUGAGUACAUAACGAAUGACGGUUCGGUGUGUAUAUUCCGCACGAACAAGAACGCGCCCAACUACAGACUCAUCAAGAUCGACCUGCUCAACCCCGCCGAGGAAAACUGGGAGACUCUCAUACCAGAGCAUCCCAAAGACGUGUUAGAUUGGGCCACCGCGGUCGACAAUGAUAAGCUAGUCAUACACUAUGUUAGAGAUGUUAAGAGUGUCCUACAACUGCACGAGCUGAACUCGGGCGAGCACAUUCAAACGUUUGACAUCGGCGUCGGCUCGGUCGGCGGAUUCUCCGGCAAACGCAACCAGUCCGAGAUAUUCUACCACUUCGUGUCAUUCCUGUCGCCCGGCAUCAUAUACAGGGUGGACUUCAAUGAGAAACCUUAUACGCCUACUGUAUUUAGAGAAACCAAAGUAAAAGGAUUCGACGCGUCGCAGUACGAAGCCAAGCAAGUGUUCUACUCCAGCAAAGACGGCACACAAGUUCCUAUGUUUAUUAUUUCCAAAAAAGACCUCCCGCGCGAGAGUAAUUCCCCGGUGCUGCUGUACGGUUACGGCGGGUUCAACAUCAACAUUCAGCCGAGUUUCAGCGUGUCGCGGCUCGUGUUCAUGCAACACUUCAACGGCGUCGUCGCCGUGCCCAACAUACGCGGGGGCGGUGAAUACGGUGAGAAAUGGCACAACGCGGGUCGUCUGCUCAACAAACAGAACGUGUUCGACGACUUUCAGGCGGCCGCGGAGUACCUCAUUAAGGAGAAGUACACGAAGCCCUCGCUCAUCACCAUCCAGGGAGGAUCCAACGGCGGGCUGCUGGUCGCGGCCUGCAUCAACCAGCGGCCCGACUUGUUCGGCGCCGCUAUCGUGCAAGUUGGUGUGCUGGACAUGCUGCGAUUCCAGAAGUUCACGAUCGGCCAUGCGUGGGUGUCCGACUACGGCAGCUCCGACGACCCCGCGCAGUUCCGGUACCUGCUCAAAUACUCGCCGCUCCACAACAUACAACCGCCUGAUAAUGUGAGCCGCGCGGAGUACCCAGCGACGCUAGUCCUAACAGCUGACCACGACGACCGCGUAGUCCCGCUCCACUCGCUGAAGUUCAUCGCGGCGCUACAACACGCGGCCGCCGGCACACCGCAGCGCCGGCCGCUGCUCGCACGCGUCGAUACUAAGGCGGGUCACGGCGGCGGCAAACCUACCGCUAAGAUUAUUGAAGAACACACAGACAUCUUGUGCUUCAUGACACAGGCGCUCGGACUUGAAUACGUGAAGUGAACUGCCAUAUUUAUACAUUCGAAUAAGUAUUAACAAUGAAAUCAUGAAUAGUAUUAUGUAAAUAAGCAGAGCCGAUUACCUCGUGCCUCCGUAUGGAGGCUGGUGAUAUUGUUACGCAUUACUACCAUUUUUAUAAAAUAAAAAAUUGUUUUUAUUAUCAA